AUGCAUGGUAUAGCCAAACAGGAUAGGGAUAGCAGUGCUGUGGAAGCUCUGAGUGAAGUCACAUGGAGUCGUUGUGGACGUCACCCAAAAGCAGAUACACACCAGUCAUCCACACAACGAAUGCUGAACCACUUCAGAGAGUCUUGCAGAAUGGCUCGAAUACCGGUCCCGAAGAUGUCAUACCCCUGUAGUGAAUGUUCAUUUGAAGCCCAAAGUGCCCGACAGUUGUCCCGACAUAAGGCCGUCACUCACGUGGAGAACGCCUUAAAGUGUGUCCUCUGCCCCUUCGUCACGGCAUAUCAAACCAAUCUUCUUAGACAUCGGCGCGAAGUUCACGGCAUUUGUGGCUCAAAAGGUAAUAAGAGCUGUAAAUUCUGCGGUUUCCUCUCCGAAGACAACGAGACACUGAUUCGGCAUCAAUUGGAAGUACACAGAGAUAUCCUAAAGUCAGCUCAAGUGAAGUUCGCCAAAGAACUGGUGUCCGCCGGCGGCGAAGAGAGCACUACUGACGGCAACGCUUACGCUUCAAAAUACGAACAGAAUUACGAUUUGAAUGAACGACAACUGAAUGCGAGUCGAAUCGAAGAGGAAGUGAAUUCUGCCAACAGAUCCCAAGAAGAAGACGAUGACGACGAAGACGACGACAAGAACUUCUGGAAGGAGGGCUUUAUGGACGACUCGCCCAAUCUGUUUAUGAAUUUGGCUUCGCUUCAGAACGCGUCGAGAGAUCAGUUGGAGGCUAACAAUUGGUACGUGUCUUCAGGACAGGUGUCUCCGGCGUCUCACGAGAAUUCUGUCAGUGAUUUGGUUUCUUCGAGCGGAAGCACUCCUCGAGUGUCUAAGAAGAAGAUGGCGGCGCCGGCGAGUGUCGGCAGUAAUGAUGAUUUGCCGGCGACUCGUAUUCGGCGUCAAUACACGUGCAAUGAUUGCGGAUUUCGGACUAUAAACCCGCGUGAGUUCCUAUACCACAGGCGCGACGCUCACGGACAGCGCCUCAAGAUUGUCGAGUGUCCUUAUUGUGUGUACGCGUGUCAAUACGUUCAGAAACUACAGAGACAUUUGCUGUUAGUCCACAAAUUGGAGACAUCGAUGACACCGCCGCCCGAACUGUCGGGCUCUUCGCCCAAAUCUAGUAAACCGAAAGCUGUGUCGCAAAACAAAUUGCGAGUCACCCCUAAGAUCGAGCCACUGGAACCGGUGGCCGAUAGCACAGCGCCGCCACCACCGCCUCUUCAGCACAAUGUUGUGCCCAAGAUUCGGGUCAAACUGCCGACACUGACCUCACCCGCAAUGGUGACCACAUCACACGUGAAUCACACCAUUCCGGGUCCCCCGAGAGCUAAGUUAAUGUCACAACAAAAGUCGGUUAGCGAUCAAAAGCGCAAAAUAGCUCUUCAAAGACAAAUCUCCGCAAAUCAAAGGCGAAUGAGUGAUCAGAAGUCUAUUUUCGCCAAAAAAUACCACAAAUGCCAGACGUGUGGAGACAAAGGCAACGGCGAAGCGCCACAACCUGUGGAUUCGUUUGAAGCUGAUCCCAAUCCCACGGAUGACAUCGUUAAGCAGGAAAUUAAUUCAACCGUCGAAGAGGAGGGGGAAGUAGACGGCGAAUCGUUGGGCCAUUUGUUUACACAGAGCAUGGAAGAGGGGGGAUCGCAGACCAGUCCCAUCGCCGCUGCGGCCCGAAUGCAGACCACUUUUGUGAGACAAACCGACGGCAAAAUAGUGGCAAAACAGGGAUCUCUGAAAAAGUGUAAAUAUUGUAACUUUCAAACCGAAACGUUUGCAAAACUGCAGAAACACGAGAGCGCAUAUCAUCCCGAGAAGAAGUUCCAGUGCCCUCUCUGUGAGAUCAAGUUUGAGAACUUGGUUUGGCUUCAGAGACAUCUGACACAUAUGCAUCAGGAGGACAGUCAGACCAGUAAUAUUGUGACCAUUUUAGAGCAAUUGAAUCCUAAGCGUAAGCGAAACAAACCGAUUCCAUCCACUUCUACACCACUCGCCCAAAGCGUUGCCGAGGUUUUGACUGAAGGCCUAUCGAAAGUACAAAACAAUCAAUCGAAACGAAAACAAGAACAGGAGGACAAGAACCCCACUCAGUGUCAAGUGUGCGGUUAUCAAACGCGUUGGAUAUCAGAACUCGAAAAGCAUAUGAGAGUCCAUACAAAAGAGCGGCCAUUUUCUUGUCCUUAUUGUUCAUUUAAGAGCAAAUGGAAAGGAGAUCUGAAUCGACACAUUCAGAAAUAUCACAGUCGACUCCCAAUGCCUGACUUGAAUCUUAUGGAACAGCAAAUUCAGUCACAAACUGAUGGCAAUCAUUCACUCGACAAUUCAAUCGAUUGGAAUCAAAAACUCAUUCAAGAGUUCAGUCACGAGAUGUCCGGUGAUUACGAUAACGACGCCUCCAUUCUGUCCGGAGAAGCAGAUUAUGACGACUAUAACGAAGAGAUGGAAGAGAUCAAAAUGGACGACACGCCACUUCCCGAUGACUACGAAGAGAGACCCCUUGUCUUUGAUGACCUGUCCGAUGAUAAUGAGGACAACGACGAGCACAACAACGGCGACGAAACUGGCGCUCAAUUGGGCGACGAAGACGACAACGAGAAUGAACUGCAAAUUGAUUUCGACGACAGAGAAGUGUCGACACCAACAGAGAAUACGGCCAACACUCACGAGUCAAACCCGGAAGUGACCAAAUCUGGUAAAGUGAAAAUGUAUCGGUGCUCUUACUGUGACUUCACCUGCAGUACUGCCAGUCGUUUUCACGUGCAUUUCGUACAGCAUUUGAACACAAAACCAUUCCAGUGCUCAGUUUGUGGCCACCGGUCUAACUGGGAAUGGGAUGUCACGAAACACAUUAAGAUGAAGUCUCAAAGGGAUCCCAAACACGCCGAAGCGAAGGCUAUGCUCGUCCACGAGUCGGGAAAGCGUGACUAUUCUAAGUAUAAUAAAUACGUGGUUUGGGUCAACCAGAAAGAGGUGAUCGCAAACAACACAAGUAAUCCAAAGAUUGACUUCAGAGCCAAAAGAGCGCGUUUGGAGCCAAACGAUGGCAUCGAAUACGAAGACAACGACACUAACAAUCAGACGAAUGAAGUGGAGUGCGAAGACGACAACAGUUACAACUGUCCCGAUCCCGAAAGUAUUGUCAUCACUCCUGACAUCUGUUUUGAGGUUCAGGGAGAAGAGGACGACGAGUCCAAUGCAAACAUGGAAUACAAUCAGGGCUUCAAUCCUUCAUUUCAACCCAACGUUCCCUACAAUUCCAACCCUUCGGUUAACUCUACGCCCGAAGACACGAAACAACUCCAGUGCUCUUACUGUGAAUUUAAGCACAAAGAAAGCAAAGUAAUGGUGAGUCACUUGAGUAGUCACGCGGGAAUGAAGCCGUACCGAUGCCGGCGCUGUGGCUUUGACUCCAAUUGGCGAGAAGUGGUUGUCCGCCAUUGCGUUGCCAGACAUCAAAGCAAUUCCGAAGACGUCGAACAGAGGUUCAGAUGUACUGUAAAUAAAACGAUGUGUAAAAUAAUAGACGACAACAUAGCGCCCAAAAUGAUGAGCGCCUCGACAUCACAUCUUCCCAGUGCUGUUCAGGCUUUCCAAGAGUCGCACCAAAGCGUACGCAUCAGUGGUUUUAAAGGAAGUUUUCGCUGCGAUUUGUGUCCUUUUAGGGCUGAAAAGGCUUUUCACAUGGAUUUCCACGUCAAGAGACAUCAGCCUUCAAGCGGACCAUUCAAAUGCCCGCAUUGUCCUUAUUGGGUCAACGCAAAGAAGUCAUUAGUAAAGCACAUGCUUUUACACGCAGACAAUGAGAAUGAGGCCAAUAAUGAAGACAAUAAUAAGGAUCCUAACAGUCCAAUGGCUGACACAGGAAUGGAUAGCUUUAAUGAGAAUAACAGUCAAAUAGACGACGAGAACGACAGUGAAAGCGAAUUAGUCAUAUAUGAGGGCGAAGACAAUGGAAAUCAGGCUUAUCUUAAUCAAAGAAAUCAGAACCAAAUGGCGAGACAGUCGGCCAGUGUUAGUAAAAACCGAUGCGAUAAAUGUCCGUUCAUUGCCGGCACUAAAACGCAGCUCUUAUACCAUAAACAGUUUCACCGCCCAAAUAGAAACUCCUCGUAUUCUUGUACUCUGUGUACAUAUUCUGUCAGUUAUCUCCAUCUCCUGAACCAACACAUGAAAGUCCAUUACCAGAACGGAGACGACACUCAGGAACCCAUUAAUUAUUGCGAAAUCCCUGCCGACGGAGAGGCGGAACAAAUGGACGAUUCAGAUGAUAGAGACGAGUCCGACAUUCCUUUCACUUGGGUUCAGAUCGGAAACAAUAGACGAAAACUAUUUCAGUGCCGCUUCUGUUCGACAACUUCUAAGAGGAGAACCUAUAUCUUCGUUCACGAGAGACUCCAUUCUCAUAACACAAACGAAACGUUUAAGUGUUCCUAUUGUGAGUUUGAGACCAGGGAUUCCAAUCACUUCCUCUAUCAUCUCAAUCAACACAAAACGAAAGCAAUUGAAGCACAAAAAUCAUCGAUUGAACCAAUCGCUGCCACCGAUGAGACCACACCUCCAACGCCUUCAGUCUCAGUCAUUGAUGUCAAUAAUAUAAGACAAGGAAACUGUCCCGCGGCCUUCAAAAGUCCGGGAGAUUUGAAAAUCCACACAUCCUUUCAUGAGACAGACUAUCCUCAUCGGUGUCCGUAUUGUAACUAUAAAGCGAAAAAUAAGCCCCAACUCUGCAAACACCUCUACGUUCACACCACUGAAUACAUCUCGAAGAGAGCCAACUCUUACCCGUCGGGCACUAAACAUCUUGUCGGAGACGCUGUCCUUCACAUGAAACGCGAUCUCAAAUCCCCGCCGAACGACAAUUCCCUUGAAAUUGAACCUCAUUUUGUGGAUCCUCUGGUGUCCUCGGAAUCUGUGGUCAAUUCUGCUAAAGAUGUAUGGAUUAAAGAGGAAGGCAUUGAAAAGAUGGCUCAAAUGUUACUAUUAUUAAAACAUGAAAUCGAGAGCAAAAAGUAUGGGACGAGUGUUUGGAGGGAACAUCCACUCCAUCCCAAAGUUGCCGAUCAGAAGACUAUUGAUUGGAUUUUUGUUAUCGAUUCACUAAACUUCUCGUUUUGGCCGAACCCUAACGAGGACUAUACCAUUGACGGCCACACCGGCUAUUGGGCUCUUUGUGCCGCUAUUAAUAGAGCUAUAAGUAAAGGCAUUCCUAUAACUGAUCCACAAUUUUACGGAAAUAUUAAUGAAAAGAAGUUCAGAGAAAUUUUCGCCACCGAUAAUGGCAUAGAAAUGCCAUUACUUUUAAAACGAUUGGAAGUCUUAAGAGAAUCGGGAAGAGUUCUUAAUGAGAAAUUUGGCUCUAGUUUUGUAAAUUGCUUGAAAGAAAGCGAAUCGAAAGUAACAAACCUAUUGCCGCUAAUUGUAAACAAUUUUAGUUCAUUUCGAGACCAAACUAUAUAUAGAGCACAAAGAGUCUCAUUUUACAAAAGAGCACAGAUUCUGAUCGCAGACAUUUGGGCCGCUUUUGAAGGACAGGGAUUUGGAUAUUUCCAUGAUAUCGAUGUUAUCACAAUGUUUGCCGAUUAUAGUCUGAAACCUAAAUUAAUACCCAAAAGAGUGCCACAAGUGUUGGUAUACUUCGAUGUCAUUGAAUACUCGCAACGACUAAAAGAUGUGCUAAAAGACGAAAAUCAUUUGUUUCAAAGCGGAGAUGAAUUCGAAGUAGAAAUAAGGGCCGCGUCUAUAGUGGCUGUCCAUAGGAUUAGCGAACGGAUCCGUUCAUUGGAUACAAAAUGUUCAAUCAAUUCAGUUAUCAUUGAUUUUUAUUUAUGGGAUUUUAGGCGAGAAAAUAGUCAACUAAUUGAACAGAAAACGCCAUUCCAUAGAAUUCGUGACAUUUAUUAUUGA